AUGCCUCCCUACGACCUCAAAAUCUCACUCGAAAACCAAGAAGACCAGUGGUUAGAAAUCUGCGUCGAAAUCCUCGUGGACAAAAUAAGCAAGCAUCUCGACAUGCCUCUCUCGGACGACUUCAUUCGGCAGAAGAUCGAAGAAGCAGAAAAAGAGCUCGCCCUCGACCGAGCGAAACGGGGCCUUUUACCCGGCCAGCAGGAGGAUGAGGGAAUAGUCCCCUACGAAGAAGAAAUGGACGAUCGACCCUUCAUUGCGAAUUAUGCGCGGCGGAUGGAGGGAUCAUUCUAUACGCCGCUGGAACUGGCGAAUGUGCCGGCUUUCUUGGCGCAAGGGGGGCCGAGGAGGAGUUUGAAGGAGAUGGAGGCGGCAAUGGAUAAUUGGAGGCCGUGUCGGGUGGUGAAGGGGUGUGUUUGGCCAGCCAAUCCUAUGGGGGAGUCUACGAGGAGUGGUGGGGGGGUGAGAUAUUCUUUUGGGGCUGUGGAUGCUGGGGCCAGGGGAAUGGAGAGAAGGGUUGGGGGGUUGAGGGAGUAUGUGGAGAGGAAUGGGGGUGGCUUGAUGGGUAUCGAGAGACGCCAGAGGGUCGCGGAAACGGUUCAGAGGAAGGUGGCGAGGCCGGUGGCGAAAAGCAAGACUGAAGAUGCGGAACAAGAAGAGAUUUCUUGGGAGACCGACGAAGAAUUCGAAGCUUGGAUUGCGCUGUGGGAUCAGGAGCAGAUCGAGAAGCAAGCACGUGAGCGGGAGAACAAGAAACGUGGGAAGGUGAAACAGGAAGCUGCGAUUGUGUCUUCCCUGUUCCUACCAAAACAAGAAAGCACGAUUGAGGACAAGGAUACAGAGUCGGACUCUGGAGACAGCGUACACACGGUCAUCGGACCUGGCGAAAAGCGCUCCUCGGCCAACGAGCUCACACAUCCCACUACCGCAACCCCUGCAUUCCACCCCAAGGCCACAACCAACGAGAACACCGCUCCACCAAGACGCCACCGCCGUCGUCACCACUCCCGUACCUCCUCUACAUCCUCCACUUCCUCGACAGGAACCGCGAUUCACCGAAAGUAA